AUGGAUUUCGAACAAAAUGAAGAGCUUAACGGGAUCCGUUUCUCUUGGAAUGUUUUUCCAGCCUCCAGGACGGACGCAAAUAAAAAUGUUGUCCCCGUUGGGUGUCUUUACACGCCAUUGAAGGAAUAUGAGGACCUUUCGGUAGUUGCCUAUAAUCCAGUUGUUUGUGGAGGACCUCAAUGUAAAGCAGUGUUGAACCCAUACUGUGAGAUUGAUAUUAGAUCUAAUGUAUGGGCGUGUCCACUGUGCGGAACGAGAAAUCAUUUACCGCAGCACUAUGCGAACAUGACUCAAGAAACAAUGCCAGCUGAGUUGAGUUCCACUACGAUUGAGUACAUCACUAACCGUCCGGUUCAGAUUCCUCCUAUAUUUUUCUAUAUUGUGGAUGUUACUGCGGAGGAAGAAAAUUUGCAAGCUUUGAAGGAUUCCAUUAUAACUUCACUUUCGCUACUGCCUCCGAAUGCGCUAUUUGGGCUCAUUACAUAUGGUAAUGUUGUGCAACUUCACGACUUAUCUUGUACUGCAAUUGAUAAAUGUAAUGUUUUUAGGGGUGAUAAGGAGUAUCAGCUGCAGCAGCUGGUUGAAAUGUUAACAGGUGAGAAAAAUACGGGAAACAUACCAGCUGGGCCACAGACUAAGAUUACGCCAUUUUCCUUAAACAGAUUUUUCCUUCCAUUGGAACAUGUUGAGUUUAAGUUAACUCAAUUGCUAGAAAACUUAAAGCCCGACCAAUGGACCAUUCCUCCGGGGCAUAGGCCAUUGAGAGCUACUGGUUCGGCAUUAAACAUUGCAACUUUGCUUUUACAGAGUUGUUACAAGAACUGUGCUGCUCGUAUUAGUUUGUUUUCUUCCGGUCCAGGUACGGUUAGUCCAGGUAUGAUUGUUACUUCUGAAUUGAAGGAUCCGUUGAGAUCUCACCAUGAUAUAGAUUCCGAUAACGCUAAGCACUACAAGAAAGCUUGUAAAUUUUAUAACCAUGUGGCAGAACGUGCUGCUGAUAACGGGCAUACAAUUGACAUUUUUGCAGGUUGUUACGACCAAGUUGGUAUGUCUGAAAUGAAGAAGUUGACAGAUUCCACUGGUGGUGUUCUAUUGUUGACAGAUGCAUUCUCUACUGCAAUUUUCAAGCAAUCUUUUGUUAGAUUAUUCUCAAAGGAUGAAGAAGAGUACUUAACGAUGGCUUUCAACGGCUCUAUGUGCAUUAAAACUAGUCCAGAUUUGAAACUUCAGGGAUUAAUUGGUCAUGCAACUCCAUUUAAAGUUGACGCACAAAACGUAAGUGACUCUGAGAUUGGUAUUGGUGGCACAUCAACCUGGAAAAUGGCUUCGCUUGCUCCUCGCCACACUUAUGCUGUGUUCUUCGAAAUAGCAAACACCGCUGCUGCUGCCAAUAUCAUGGGUGAUAGGCCAAAGUUGGCAUAUACUCAAUUUAUAACAGCAUACCAACAUGCUUCCGGAACAAACCGUGUUAGAGUGACUACCGUAGCAAAUCAAAUGUUGCCGUUCGGAAAUCCAGCAAUUGCUGCCUCGUUCGAUCAAGAAGCAGCCGCUGUUUUAAUGGCUAGAAUUGCCGUUGACAAAGCUGAAUCCGACGACAGUGCAGAUGUCAUUAGGUGGAUGGAUAGGACAUUGAUCAAGCUUUGUCAAAAGUAUGCUGACUACAACAAAGCUGACCCUAGAUCUUUCCGAUUAUCUCCAAAUUUUUCAUUAUACCCUCAAUUCAUUUACUAUUUGAGAAGAUCUCAAUUCCUUAGCGUUUUUAACAACUCUCCUGAUGAAACUGCAUUCUACAGGCACAUCUUUACCUCCGAGGAUACUACAAAUUCUUUAAUUAUGAUCCAACCUACCUUAACAUCAUUCUCUAUGGAAGAAGAACCCCAACCAGUGCUAUUGGAUUCUGUCUCAGUGAAACCAAAUACCAUCUUGCUGUUAGACACUUUCUUCUACAUUCUAAUUUACCACGGUGAACAAAUUGCUCAAUGGAGAAAGGCUGGCUACCAGGACGAUCCACAAUAUACAGAUUUCAAGUCCUUAUUGGAAGAACCUAAACUAGAAGCUGCUGAAUUGUUAGUCGAUAGAUUCCCAUUGCCUAGAUUUAUUGAUACAGAAGCCGGUGGUUCCCAGGCCAGAUUUUUAUUAUCUAAGUUGAAUCCUUCUGAUAGUUAUCAAAACCAGUCUACAGCAGGUUCCACCAUCGUUUUGACUGAUGAUGUUUCCUUGCAAAACUUCAUGAUUCAUUUACAAGAUGUAUGUGUUAAUGGUCAAAACUAA